GAUCAGUCCGUGCACUGUCACACUGCGAAUGUCUCGUUCAAAUUGCAAUCGAUCACCGGGCUUAUUUUAUUCCUAAAGCCACCCCCACUUAAUUCUACACAGGAGACUUUCCCCUCUGUGUGUGUGUGUUGUGAGCCAAAUUCUCCAAACCAAGACGCAGCACGUGCUUCUCACAAACACACAACGCGCUUUAAUUUAUAUUUUGCAUGAGCGCACCGGGUUUGAACGCUUUGUUUUGCUGAGCGCGGGACACUGACCGACUGACUGACCGAUCGGCCGAGAGCUCGUGCUGCGGGAACUGAAGGUGCGCGAGACUCUGUUUGGAUCUCAUUCACACACACACAGGAUGAGCGCGCGCGGAGAGGAAGCCGCCGGCGAGGCUUCAGGAUCGCAGGAGCAGCCCGAGCCUGCGCUGGCUGAGCCAAAGAAGAGGGGACCCGGCAGACCCAGAAAGCCGCAACAGGAACCCACAGGAGAGCCUGUCCCCAAACGACCGAGGGGACGCCCCAAAGGAAGCAAGAACAAGGGCCCCUCCAAAGCAGCGCAGAAGAAAGCCGAGACCACAGGGGAGAAAAGACCUAGAGGAAGACCCAGGAAAUGGCCACAACAAGUGGUUCAGGAAAAGCCCGCUCAGGAAGAAGAAGAGGAGGAGGAGGAGGAGGAGGCAGAAGAGGAUUAAGCAACCACAGGAUUUUACCUCUACCUCAUCCAGCUGUCAGCUCUCUCCAAGGGAAAAGACUGCCUUGACCACUUAUUAUUGACUUCCCACUUUCGUUUGAUUGUUUAUUUUCGUUUUUUCUCCUCUGUUUGUUUUGUGAUAAACACACACAACACCUCAGAGCGUAACCCGAAACAAAAAAGUGAUGCAAAUGCAAACAAACAUCUUGCAGAUCAAUUGGAGCCGCCUUGCUGUUUCCACUUCCCACAAACUGCUGUAAGCAUGAUGGUGCAGGGGCUAAACAUACAAUAUGUGCUACAGCGGUUCUUUGCACCCCACUUACACACACUUGUUGACUGAUUUUCCAAGCUACAUUGGUAAAGAAGGCGAAUCGGUCUGGUUUUAUCAUUCAGCAUGUGGUGCUUUCUGUAUCAGGGUGGAGCUUAAAAGAACACACCCUUUCACAAAAAGAACCCGCUCUCUACAGUACCGUACCACCAAAGACAUUAUACCAAGUUACAAUACUCCAUUUUUCCUUCAGUCCACUACAUUUUGACCAAAAUGAUAGUGAGCUUUAAAGAUAUUGCCUUUAAGAUGCAACCAGAGGUUGUUAGUUACUGUAAAUGAAGUAAGUGGAUACCUUAA